CGACGACUCUUGAGUCGAGUCUGAGUCUCGAGUCUUCUCUAAAUUUUGGUCUUGUGGCGACGCCAGAGAGCCACUUCCCCUUCCCACCUCCCCGCGGCAACAAAAGCCAGGAAACCCACUCUCGUCCCACAGAAUGGAAAACCAAAAAACAAUGAUCAAGAGACCAGCCGCGAUAUCCAAAAAGCAAAAGUCAGUUUUCGAGCCUGGAGAGGUCGAAGAAAUGAGCAUCAACAAGAAGCAGAAGAAGAGAGAAUGGACUCGUUCAGAAAUGGCAUCUACGCGAAUAGAAAGGAUGUCUACCGCAGCAACUCCGAGACUUCCGAUCCUCGCUCUAGUACUGCUAGUAGUACCAACGGGUCUCGCUAUAAAGACGGUUAUAAAGAAGGCAAGUUGGGAAAGCUAAGAAAACUGUUCAAGAAGCAGGAUUCCGAUCCGUAUGCUGCGACAUACGAGCGAGGAAACUCCAACGCCGACGAAGCCAUCAGUGCCAUUCGCUACAUUGUUCCUGUGCUGAAAAGUGGAACAAGAGGCCCACUCGACCCCAACUUUGAUGAUACAGGAGUGAAUCGAUAGAACGAUGAGCAGUUUUGUGUACACUAUUUAUUACUAAUUAGCCAAGGUAGCAACUUGUGGCCGUACGGGAUCUUCUUGUGUA